AUGAACACGAACGGCCUCGGCAACCUCAGGAGGCGCCUCAACCUCAACCUGAGUCCGCCAGCACAGCGGCUCGCGAUCCGCGUGGCGCUCUUCAUCACUGGCGUGCUCCUCUUCCGCUCCAUCUUCUCCAAACCGCAAAAGACGAAAGAGAUCCAGAGCCAUGGCAUGUUCCAGCGCGUGCUCAUGGCGGACCGCUACCUCGACACGGCGAAGCACCCGUGGCUUCAGUCGAGAAUAGGCCGCGACGACCGCCCAGACAUGUUCGACGAGGAGAUCUCCGACGGCAUCUGGGACUUCUGGACGCGCUACCAGAAGCCGUUCAUCACGGGCAAGGACACGGCGCACCUCGACACGCAGAUCAUGCGCUCGGUCGUCGACGACCUGCUUCAGUUCAACGGUUGGGUCGCCGCUGCGUGCCCGACGCUGAUCCGUCCAUUCGGCCAGAACACGCGCGAUGACAACUACGAGGACCUCGCCAACGCCGACAACCUGUACUACGUUGCGCUCGUCGUGCACUCAGCGGACCACUUCCUUGUCGACCAGCUCGCCAUCAUUGUCCAGCUCGCCCGCCGCCUCGGCACUCGCAAUAUCUUUGUCUCGAUGCUCGACCAGGGCUCGAACGAUGCGACGCCGACGCUGAGCGACCUCUGCGAGGCCGUUCUCACGAUUCUCGGUAUCUCGUUCCGCAUCCGCCGCGUCCCCCCGCUCACGAUCGACUACUACCCGCUGGAGGAGGCAGCUGUGCGCAACCUCGUCCUCGAGCCGCUGCACGAGCUGCACGACAAGCGCAACAUCAAGUUCCACCGUGUCAUCUGGCUCAAGGGCUUCACCUGUCCCAUGGACGUUCUCGAGUCUCUCCGCGUGUCCGAGGUCAACAACGCCGCCAUGGUGUGCGGCAUGGACUGGGCCGAGCACAACGGCUUCUUCAUCUUCUCCGACCGCUGGCGCACGCGUGACAUUGCAGGCGACUUAUUCCGUCAAGCCCGUUCGUCGUCCAAGCCCGAAGCCGGCCCGCCCCGCGACAAGGUCGGCACGCAGCGGUACGCGCACCACCUGCCCUUCCAGGUCUUCUGCUGCGAGUCGGGCACGCACGUCGUCGACCCCGAGCUCUCCUACUACCGCGGCAUCAAGUACCGCGCCUCCCCGAACGCGGUCAACCUCACCGAGUCGAGCGACAUCAUCACCGAGCCCGAGACGCCGUGCAUGGACUCGACGCAGAUGUGGUUCUGUCGCGACCUCUGGGUCGACGCGGCGCGCAACGGCCAAAAGUCCAAGGGACACACUGGACGUCGCGGCGCCGCGCACCAUAAGAAGCGCAAGCGUGACCUUCACGACAUGGAUGAGGUCAUUGACAACUUUGAGCCCGUCAUCGAGCGCCAGAAGGAGAAGGACGCCGAGGCGGCUGCCAAGGGUGCGGCUGCUGGCGCGGGUGCCGGCGCCGGUGUCAAGGGUGGUGCGGCUGCCGGAGCUGCCGGAGCUGCCGCUGGUGCUGGUGCUGGGGCUGCCGCUGGAGCCGCUGCCGGCAAGGCUGGUGUCAAGGUCGCCGCGGGCGAGGACGACUUCUUCGCCGCCGCUGCUGAUCCCGAGAACGUUGAGCCGAUCGUGCACCUGAAGGAGGGUGUGAUCACGCCCGACGGUAUUGAGGAGCAGGUCGAGCUGCGCGAGGACAUCGUCACGCCUGACGGAGUGACCGAGGUCGACGUCGAGGCCGAGCGUGCCGUCCCCGUGGGCAAGGCCGGGGCACAGGGCAACGCUCCUCCCCUGGCUGCCGCCGCCGACGGCGGCAUCGUGCAGGUGGACGCCGGCGCUGGCGCCGCCAAGGCAGGCAAGGCGAAGAUGGACGCGGCCGACGCGCAAGUCGAGGCUGCAGUCCGCGAUGCCGACCCCGUCAAGGCGGAGGCGAAGCAGGUCAAGCCGGGAGGCAAGAAGGACGAGAUCCGCGAGGCGAUCGCGGCCGACAUGGCAGAGGACCCCGCCGCGCAGCCCGAGCACGCCGACAGUCCCGGGGACCGGAACCCGAACGCGGCGCCCAAGGAAGACAGUGGAACCAACAUCGACGCAAUGGACGACAAGGAGAACCCGGCCCCAGAGGCGCUGAAGAAGGAAGACCUGCCCAGCAGCUUCAUGAUCCCGAACAGCGAAUUCGAGGCUGCGCGCAUCCUCGUCAACCCCCGCUGUCUGACGACGUAUGGUGGCGUGAGCCACUCGAGGCUCGCAUUGGAUCUGUUUGGAGGCAGGGACCACAGCCACCGCGGAGAGGGCAACUACAUGGUCGAGGACUGGGCAGGCGCCCCCGACUCGUUCGUGUGUCAGGAGAUGCGCACUGUCGGCGGACGUACCGCGCCCAAGAGCCAGAGAAGGGUCAGCUUCUUGCUCCAGAAUGAGGUGGGGCUGUAA